AUCCAUCCUCUCCAACCCCCUCCCCCCAAUCUUUUUAUUUUAUUAUUUUCUCCUCUAAGAGCAUCAAAAUAGAACAUCCACUAUAAAAGCCGUCUUUUCCCAUAACAAGUAAAAACACUAUAUUCCCAGAUCGAUUUUUAGUGUUUAUCGGCAAUUUCUGUAUUGGCAGCAAUCACGGUUAAGCAAAAAGCAAAAGAUAUCUAUGACUUUUUCUUCGUUUUUAUGAAGCCUGCCGCUCAUGUUUUGGGUCAUUCCUCACUAUUCACUCACCCCCGGCAGCCCAUCCCUCUUUGUGCUCCACUAUCGCCGCAACAGCAAUCGGGGCGGCGUCGGCUGCCGCAGUGCCGGGGCGAUCGAUCCUCGCCGGGGCUUUAGCAAGUUGUCCCGCUGACACUGUUCCUCGGGAAUACCUUUACUCAGUUACAGCCCUAAAACCAUCAAAUGUGAUUUGCCUUUUAACUGUUUCUUUUCAUGUUUUGGGAACAUUUAGUGUAGCACUUCGACUUCUUUAACGUUGAUUGUGAUGUGGUAAAUGAAUGGAUGAUUGUUUUUACGCGUGCGUUUUGGCGACAAGGAAUGAUACUACGAAUGUGGUGAACAUUCAUAGUGAGGGACAAAAAAAGAGUUAUUGGUUAUUUGGAUGUAUUUAAAUAAAUACAACAUAGAAUGAACACCUCUGUUUUAUAAACUAUUACAAUAAGUGCAUAUUAUGGGAAAGCAAAAUAGUAAGCUCAAGCCAGAAGUUCUUGAAGACCUUCGCCAGAACACAGAAUUCACAGAUGCCGAAAUACAGGAAUGGUACAAAGGCUUCUUGAAAGACUGUCCUAGUGGCCAUCUUUCGAUUGAGGAGUUCAAAAAAAUUUAUGGGAACUUUUUUCCGUAUGGUGAUGCAUCUAAGUUUGCAGAGCAUGUUUUUCGCACUUUUGAUGCGAACGGUGAUGGGACUAUUGACUUUAGAGAAUUUUUAUGUGCUUUAAGUGUCACUUCUAGGGGAAAGUUAGAACAGAAAUUAAAAUGGGCAUUCAGUAUGUAUGACCUUGAUGGAAAUGGAUAUAUAUCACGCCAAGAAAUGUUAGAAAUAGUAACUGCUAUUUACAAAAUGGUUGGUUCUGUCAUGAAAAUGCCAGAAGAUGAAUCUACUCCAGAAAAGAGAACAGACAAAAUAUUCAGGCAAAUGGACAAAAACAUGGAUGGGAAACUUUCUCUCGAUGAAUUCAUAGAAGGUGCCAAGAGUGAUCCAUCUAUUGUAAGGCUACUACAAUGCGAUCCUCAGUCUUCACAUUGACCAGGAGAGAGCACAUUUUCAAUGCAUCCCAUAAUUCUUCAUAGUGUGGCUGAGCUCACUUGUGGAAAGUGCCCUCUAUAUUAUAACAAAAUGCAUUGCCUGUCUUAGACGAGCUGUGCCUUUGCGGAUCAAUUCUAAUAAAUUACUGAACAGGAAACGUGGCCAUUGAAUUGUGGGAUGUAGAAGCCUUUCAAUAACCUUUUGACAUAUAUGCUGUUUUUAUUCUAAUUACGCUUUUGAUUACAAAAUGUUUGUAGCUCUGUGUUUCAUCUGUAUCAACAAAUAAUUUUUAAUUCUUCUCAUUUUUAUAGCAAAUACAUACAUUCUUGCCAACUCUCUUACAAAAUUGAUAACUGGAGAUUACUUUUAUUUUUUCGCAAUUAAAAAAUCGAUUAUAUUUUUUUUGUAUGUCUACAAAACUAUUUAGAUAGUUUUGUUUUUA